CUGACAGGGAGAACAACAGCGUGCGUGUUUGUGUGUGCGUGUGCUUGUGUGUGUGCGUAUGUGCGUGCGUGUGUGUGUGUGUGUGACACACAGAGAGGCAGCCGAGAUGAGAGUGUGAAGCAGCGAGAGGGAAAACCUAGAAAGAACAGCAAAGGCGAUCUGGGAAAAAGGGGGGAGCGAGGGAGGCAGCGAACAUAGCAACACAAAAAAGAAGAGGAAGAAGAAGAAGAAGAAGCAGUGCAGAGUAGGGGAAGGAGAGCAGAAGAGGGGAGGGAGAUAAAGUGUCCUUUGGUAGUCAAAAGAUGUAACGACUAUAGAUGAACAGCCACUACACACACCAGCAUCCUGUCCUGGAGCCUUGACAGGAGGGGGACGAGAAAGAAAAAUCCACACACACACACACACACACACACACACACACACACACUCAAAGGCAAAAACAACAACAACAACAGGGUCCCACAUCCACGGGAUCAUGUCGUCCACGGGGUCAACCAACCACAACAAGCGUCUGGCGUCGGAGACGGGAACCUCCCAGCGGCUGUUGGACAAAGACUCUGCACAGCACCUGAAGCUGAAGGAGAGACAGCGCUUUUUCGAGGAGGUCUACCAGCAUGACGUCGACAACUACCUGCCCUCUGCUCACCUGCAGGUUGACUGCAGGAAACCGCCCAUGGGCAGUAUCUCCUCUAUGGAGGUGAAUGUGGACGUCCUGGAGCAGAUGGACCUGAUGGACAUCUCGGACCAGGAGGCCCUCGACGUGUUCCUCAACUCGGGCUCGGGGGCAGACGAGGGAGCGCUGGCAUCUCCACUUCCAGGUGAAGACGAAGAAGAAGAAGAAGAAGAAGAAGAAGAAGAAGAUGAGGAAGAUGAAGAAGCAGAGGUCGUGUACAGGGAGCGCGCGCCUUUGAAGCGGCAGGUAGAAGUUCACCGCGGCUCGAAGCCCCACACGUCCUCCACGUCGUCCGGUUCCAGCGACGCCAGCGGGGGGGGAGUCGACACCCCCGUGAUCCAGUCGGACGAUGAGGAAGUCCACGCCGACACUCUGCUGCUAACCUCGGUUCCCCAUGCCAGGGAUGAAGAAACGGAGGAGGAAGACGAGGAGGAAAGAGGCCUUGUGACUAAAUCCCCAUAGGGAGACGUUCAUUUUAUUCUCUGUAGAGAUACGUGAAACAUACAUAAAAAGAGUCUCUCUCUAUUCGCAAUCCUUUUUUAGAGAGGGGGGGGGGGGGGGCCCUAGCAUGGUUGACCUGGCUGUGAUGUGCUCCUCCUUUGUGAAUGUUUACAGUGAAUUUCUUCUGCACAACCCAUUAAAAACCCAUUUGUGUUACACACUCUAAUGAUGUUAUAAACUAUUUGCAUCAUUAAAACUCAAUAUGCAAAUAAAAUGAGUCAUCCCCGCUCCCAUGCACUAACGUGUUCUGGCUGAGGGGGAUAAAUUCUUCUGGCUCUCGCUGCCAGAGGAGCAUUUUUUUUUUCGUCUUGAAAGCCAAAAACAGGAGCAUAAACACGGGGUAAAAGAACGGAGUAAAGGCCUGAAAUCCAAAGGCAAUCUGUAAAAAGCAAUCAACGCUUUUUAACUUUUACUUACACUUAAACUCUGAGGCCCUUGGAUUUUUUAUUGACCUCUAGUACAUAGCAUUCCUCUCAUAGGAGUUACCAUUAGAUAAUUAACAGUUGAGAAUGACAGCCGUUUGACGGGAGUGGACCGACUUCAAAGAUGCAGUUCAAUAAAAAAUCGUAUUUUUUAUGUGUGUUUCAGAUGACAUGAGGCAGGAAUUCAGGCACAGUGAGCAAAACACCACGACAACAAAAAUCAUUUAUUGCCACGUGCAUGUGCAAACCUACCGUUUUUUGUAAAAUGCAUGACAUUUCUGUUCUCGUUAUUUGUGACUGCACUGUACGUUAUCAUUGAUGAGUGUUGCAUCACUGCGACCGAGUACUGAGUUACUCCUCUCCUCCACGUGAGGUGGGAAGUCGGGAGGUGAAUAUAUAUUUGACCAAGUAGGCGAGUGAGUAAUUCAGAUGAACAUUAAUGUGUUUGUUUUUUGCACAGCAGUAUCUGUUUGUUUGUUUGUUUGUUUGUUUGUGUGGGUGUGUUGAGUACGUGCGAUGUGGGCUGAGGGCGUGGAGGGUUACACACUGCAAAACAACCGUCAUUCCCCUGGUGGAACCAUACGGCACCGUUCAAAACAACCUUCUUUUUUUUUACAGUGUCGAAUGAUGUGUAGAAUAUCUCUUCCCCCACUUGAACUGAACACCCUUGAUAUAUAAACGAAAUAAAAACAAAACCAUUCA